CAGAUGGCCUUGACAGUCUCGGAUCUGUAAUGGCUUCCACAUUAAUAACAAAAUCACAAAAAUAAAUCCACGACCUCUCCACAAGGAAACAACAUUAGAACAGGUGUUUUGAACACGCGAACUGACAUUUAAACUUGUGUUUAAUACAGGUAAACAGAAAACUGCAAAAAUGAUGCACAAUAAGAAAGAGAGUCUGGACGUCGCUGUCCUUCGGGAGAAAAUCCGCAUCAAAAAGAUCGACAGAAAAGUGUACAUGGACGAGAUGGAGAGAUUGUUGAACGGCAACAGGGAGAAGAGAAACGCCCUGCGCAUCGGCAACGAUUGUCUGCGCUUCAUGACACGGCGACAAAACAACAUGACCAUAGCCAUCAACACGAAAAUCUUUGAAAGUCGCCCCAACAGCGAGAAACUGCCAAUGAUGAAAUGUGAUUUAGCGACAUCAAUCGUGAAGAACGACGGCCGUCUGUUCAAGUACGGCAAGCGGCUGAUGAAGCAGGACUACAAGCGGGAACAGCGGGAGUACAAGAAGCAGUUCCAGCAGGAGGAACUUAAGAGGGCCAUCCAGGAGAAAGUCUGUACCGAGAAGGAGUUCAACGCCGAUUGCGAGUCCUACCUGAGCCAACAAGUUCGUGUCGAGGACAACAAAAGUCGCGAGAUCACGGCCAAGCUGGUCUACAAAGAUCUGCAGAAGAUCCUCGCUGCCCUCGAUCAGAACUUGAUGGAGUAUCCCUUUCGAAUCAAGGAAAUUGAGGAUAAAAUUGUCGAGAGGAAGAAGGAGGUCAGCGACUUCCAGGAACUAAAGGCCGGGGCUCAGAGAUUUCUCGACAUCGAGGAGACCCAGCUAGGACCCCUGAACGAAGAGCUGAAGAUCGUCAACGCCCACUUCGAGAAGGUGAUCGCAGUCAAGAAACAAGAGCUGGACGACAGGAGGAAGAACAACUCUCUGGGCAAGUUUCUCGCGGAGAGGGAAUCCCACGGUUUCAAUUUCACAGGAAGUUCAAACAUCACUGAGAUGAAGAUCAAGGCCAGAAACAAGGCUCUGGUCAACGCCCAGGACAUGUUGCUACAGCUGAUGGACGCCAUGUUGGUGUCCGACAUUCAGUUUGUUGUGGACUGUAUCCUUGACCAAGCUGACGUCACACGUCUACUGAGGAACGAGAAAGAGGAGAAAGUGAAAGAGAACGCCGAGUUGAAGGCGGACCUUGCCAGACUGACCAGAAACAACAAUAUGCUCAAGUACAAUGACCUCAAGCAGGCCAGGGUGAGAGAACAGCUGGGUGAAGCCAGGCGAGCUGAGAAAGAACAGAGAGACCGCUUCGAACAACUAGACGUCUGUUUACGGAAUCAAGACCGGUUACUCUCCGAGAUCUCAGUCUCACUCCAUGCCAUGUUUGAGAGGUUGCGUCCCAUCAAGGUGUCCGACGAGUCCAACUUUUACAAGGGCAUUUUGUUGGAAGACAUCCAGAACUUUGUGGUCAAGCUGCAGAAGAUGAUGAACAUCGUGGAGCAGAGGACGGUGCCAGUAGGCAGGGUCAAGCCCCUGAUGCUGCGCAUGUUCAAAGAGAAGCGCAUCCCCCAGGACUCCAUCCGGGUGGAGAUGCAGCACUCCCUGAUAGCCGGCCAGAUGACAGCGUUUGAGGCCUUCGAGUCGGACCAGCCAGGGUUCACAUCCAGAGAGAUGCUGAAAGCGAGGGCCGAGGAGAUCGCCGCCAAGAACAAGAAGAUCAAGGCACCCUGAGCCCCGUGUGGGGGUCGGGUGGUGUCUGCUGGUCGUGUGGUGUGUGGUGUCCGCUGGUCGUGUGGUGUCUGCUGGUCGUGUGGUGUGUGGUGUCUGCUGGUUGUGUGUGGUGUGGUGUGUUGUUGUUGUGUGUAGUUGUCGUAUAUCGAUGUGGUUGUAUGUUAGCUCUGUAUACCUGGCUGUGGUGUGCGUUAAUGGUGUGUUUUAGUCGUGUGGUUGUCUGUGGCUGUCUGAUUCUAUAGUUGUGUGACCGUCUAGCUGUCUGGCGGUGUGGCGGUGUGGCUGUAAGCGUGUGGUAUGCCUGAACUUGUGUCCUGAAAGCUUGUCCUCACAAGAAGUUGCUGUACUUCUCUGCUUGCCUCUGAGAGCGUGAAGGGUGGGGAGUUGAUGACCACCUCACAGCAGUGGGUGGGUGAUGUGAAACAACCACGGUUUAAGGUCUGGGCUAAAACUUGUAUGCAGCAAUUAUACACGCUGAGAGAUUUUCUAAUUAAUGGCAGAACUUUUCUUAAGACUGUCAAAUUUUGUUGAUCACGUGUCAAUAGGGCACAAAGCGAAAUCAAUGUUUAUUUCAAUAAUGAAUUAUUUAUUUACCUUCUUGUUACCUAACAUUUAACGAUGUAGUAAAUAGGUAAGUCUUUUUUUUAAAUUAUACUUUCAUCAAAUUUGUAUAUUUAUAUCUAUAUGUUUACUCAAAUUUUAAAGCCUACUCGAUAAUGUUUACCUAUUUAGAAAUGAUUGUUGAUUUAUAUGAUGUUAAUGUAUUUGACUAAGGCUGACACACCGAUGCUGUCAUUUGUAGGUUAUCAGAAAUGUUUCAAAUUGUGGGUUUGUAGGUCGCCAUUCUAGAGGAGGGGGCGGGUGACAGGUCAUCCGGCUAACCUGUGACCUUCACCCUGCUGACCGCAAUGGUGCCAUUAUAACAUCCCACUACACAUGCAACACGAAAAUAUCGACUCUUGGUGUCACGUUGUGAUGUCACACGGCAGUUGUGUCACGUUGUGAUGUCACACUGCAGUUGUGUCACGCUGUGAUGUCAUCAAGACGUGUGUACUGUACACUUUCCAUAAUUUGUUGACACAAUAACAUACACUCACGCACACACACACACUCACGCACACACACACAUACUCACACACACUCACACACAUACUCACACACACUCACACACACACACACGUUCAUAUACGCACAAGUACAAAGGCGCUCACACUCGCGAUUACUCGCACAUGAGCACACAGACACGUGAACACACAAACUCACAUCUACUUUAGAUUUAAGUCAUGUGUCUGUGUGUAUUCCUGUUCUAAUGAUGUACAAUUAAAGAAAGAAAUCAUUUGCAACA